AUGGCGAGCAUAGGCAAAGCCACGAUCGCAGAUCGUGUAGAUGCCUGCCUCUGCCUUUUCAAACGCCUCCUACCUUCCGACAACAACGUUGCAGGGGCAAGCGACAACCAAGGCAUGGAUCGAAAGCGGGACAUGAUCGCGGCCCUUGAUCCCGAAUUCAGACAUGCAGGGUUCUGCGCGAUACCUACAAGACAGGCUACUGAAGAACAUGACCAGCCACAGGUACUCCUCAAUAAUGAUGCAGCUGACGAUGACUCUCCCACCCUGCCACCAAGCUCCUUGAGUUCCUCUUCAGACUUUCUCUCGAGCCAAUGGGUUGUUGAUCCUUCUGCUGAUAUUGCAGCCGCGAAAGCCUGUGUGAGUUAA